UGGUCGACGCCCGCACAGCGGGGCCGCGUUGUAUCUAGUAGCACCACGUACGUCGCCUCGAACGGUGUUCAACGCAGCGUAGCCGCGAUGUUCAGGCUGGCUUACUAACGUGCGAUUGUCGCAUUUGUGGCUUUGGAAAACCGUAGACAUUCGUAUUUCGUCCGCCGUUCUCGUCACGGCGGUCUGGUAUUGAUCGCAACAUCGCUGUGCGCGUCGGAACCGAUAGCUGUGUGUGUGUGUGCGCGCGCGCUCGUGUGCGGGUGCAAGCGAGCUCAGCUGCUGCUGCUGUUGCUGCUGCUGCUGCUGCCGCAAGGCGAGUGAAUGAGUCAUCGGCAGUCAUGGCGCCCAGCUCCGUAGAGGAUCCGGAAUACGAGGACUACCUCGAGGAGAAGGAGAACAACGACUCGCUCGAGAACCUACCGCUAUCGAAGAGCCUCGUACGCAUGCAUGGCCGUGUGCGCAACGGCGGUCGCGGUGUCGCGGACGACACUGCCGACGUUCCGUCGUGCUCGUGUUCGUGUUCGCAGACGACGGACGGACACGUGCCCCGCGAGUCGCCGGCCCGCUCGGCCCGUGCCAAGGACAAGCGCGGACGUGCCGGCAAGGGGAACCCGCGCAAGGACAAGCGGAGGAUGCGAGACAGGCGCAAAAGCAGCGGACUGGUGUACCUGAAGUCGACAGGAGAGAGUACAGGUGAUGACGAAACGGAUGUGACUGAGAGCAGACGAGAGGAAGUCAAGCGGGCCGGAAGUCAUGGGCGAGAGGUUGUUGAGGAUGAAUUCGUCGAGAACGCCUGUCAUGGUACGCUCUAUCUGAGGAGAGGCGGUAAAAGUCCCUCCGAUUUAGAAGCGGACUGUGAAGACAACCGAGAGUCGGACUCGGUAUCCAGUCUCAGCGCCUGUCUGCCGAUCUCACCGAAGAAAACGCCUCUGCUCGCCGGAGAGGAAGACACUGCGAUUUCGCACCCGGAGAACAAUGAUGCAUCAGAGUGUAGUCCACUGUUGGAGCAAGAGAGAGAAUCGAAUAGGGAGCUGAGCAGCAGAUUGCAGGUGGGAGAGCAGAGAGUUGCAGAACUGGAGUAUAAGAUCACCACACUGACCACGACCAUCGAGAGGCUGAGCCUUGAGAAUGAGCAACUUCGUGAGGAGAACGGCGACCUGAGAGACGAGAACAAAGCCAUACUGAGCAGUUCCCGGAAAUUGAGCUCGAACGAUUAAGGACUGCGGCUUCGGAUUCGGAUUUGGUUUUCCGGAUUCGGGCUGGCAGUCACAGUGUGACAGAUAUUAUAGUUUCUGCGGGGGAGUAUAGCGCGGUCGUGCCACCAGCUUUCGCUCUCCCGCAGCUUAUUAUGGAAUGUCAGUAGUGGAGAAGUCCAUCUCCUGUAUUUGGUAUUAGAGAGAAGGGCUCUAGGACCUCCUCCCCAUACCAGGUCGAAAGAAGUGUCCGAACUACCUACGGAUUACCCUUUCCCUUCUAUUUGUAGUCCUGUACUGUAAAAGCUAGUUAAGUCGUCCACGCGUGUAGGCCUAUACGUGCAAAUCUUCACGCGGCUGGCUGUGAACUGAUAUUAAAAUCCUAAUACAUGUUUGCCUAUAAUCUGGAUGCUUUUCAUUAUUAUAGAUGUUCACAUAUCUUGUCAAAGUCUAUACUUGUAUAGAUAUAUAUGUUAUUAGAUUCCAUAGCGUUAUAUAUAGCAAUUAAAUUUAUUGACAUUCGGCACUUGUAUAACUCUAACAGCAUUUUGACAUAUAGUAUCAGUACCACUCGACGCGGGCUAAUAGUGUGAGAGCCAGCACAUACCUAGAAAUUGCCAGCCGUCACUCUUGAAUAGUGUUAUGAUACAUGCAUUUUAAAACGUAUAAUAAUAGCUUGUGUACACUGUAAAUAUAGCGCAUACAUACAUGCAGCGGUUUAUUUAAAAUAAAAACUCAUGUAUGCCGUAUAGUAGCCGUCGCGGAGAUGAUUUGUGCUCAAUGAAUUUACGAAUGCGUUGGUAUUUAUUGUGUAUAUGGACACACAGAAUGCAUAUCAUUUUAGUGGAUAAAGAACUUGAUAGAAAGUCUGUAUUAGUAAUAAAUGUGAUAAUGUUCUCACUGAUCAUACAAUAGCUGUAGAAAUCGUCCAAAUUAACACAGUAGUUAGAUAACAAUUAAUUCAAAGUUUAAGCCAAUAUAUUGAUCUCGAGAAAAUAUUUGCUAGUAGUACACGCCUCCAACAUUAUUUAUAUGUAUAGAGAUUACUGUUGAUGGAUUCAUGAUGCCCAAAUCUCAAUAUGCAUGUGGUUUGGAAUACGGGUGAUUACUAGCUUACUGAGGAAUCACGAGAUCGGUUCGUGGCUAAUGCGCGAGGUCAAAUUAAGUAAUUUCAUCAUCAAUUAAAAUUCGUUGUUUUAAUCAUGGCAUCUACAUGAAGUCGUCAUCGUAAAACUAUACC